GCCAGCAUUUUACCCUUCUGUCAUGUCGUUUGUCGUCGCAAGGCUCGCAGCUGUCAAAUUGGAAAUAUGAAAAUCAUUUGUGAGUGCAAAUUCUGAACACCCGAAACGAAACAAAAAAUUGCGUUUUAGCAGGCGCUCCAGGGACAAUAUUUCUCGACAGAGCUUACUUUCCGCUCGGAAACGGCAAAGAUGAAAAUCACCAUCAAAACACUGAAGCAGGAGGCGUUCCACAUCGUUGUGGACGUCGAAAAGGACACAGUCCGGACGCUGAAGGAGAAGUUCUUCCUAGAGAGUAAACAGGACUAUCCGGUCGAACGGCAGCGGCUCAUCUAUCUGGGCAAAAUCAUGGAGGACGAACAUCCGCUCAGUCAGUACAACUUGGACGAUAAAAAGUUUGUUGUGGUUAUGAACAAGAAACCCACGACGGCACCAGCGGAACCGGCCACUGGUUCCUCUGGCGCUGCAUCUGCUACGACCGGCGCUGCUUCCUCUGCUCCCUCCACUACUACUACUACUGCUGCUGCAGAAAAAGGUGAAGCCAGUGCUGCCGCAUCAGCAGCUCCUGCUGCAGAAAAGCCGAAGGAAGAAGAAACACCUAAGGAGGAAACGAAACCAGACGAGCCUCAACAGGAUGACCUUCAGGUCAAGAUUAAACGGAUAACAGAGAUGGGCUACUACGAAGAAGAGGCUCGCAUUGCGCUGGAGAUUUGCGAUAACAACCCGGAUCGAGCCGUAGAAUACCUGCUGUCCGAGAUCGCCACCAGUUCGAUGGGUAGCAGUGGCACCGGUGGAGGUGGCGGCGGUGGCAAUUCCGGCGGCAGCGCAGGCACUGGGCUUCUCGGAACCGGUGGUUCACAGGAGAGCAGACUCGCUUUCCUACGUGAGCAUCCGACGUUUUUGGAAAUGAAACGCUUGCUGCAGGAAGACCCAAACCUGCUGCCGCAUUUACUUCAGAAAAUCCAGUCCAGCAAUCCGGACCUGAUGCGUAUCAUUUCUGAGAAUCAGGUGGAAUUUUUGUCUCUGAUUAACGAAGGCGCCGACGGUCCGGAGGGUCGAUCUGCCGUGCCACGGGAGCUGGAAACGACGGCCGCCGCCAUGGUGGAUAGUCUUAGCCCGGCCGACAUGGACGCGAUCGAUCGGCUGAAAGCGCUCGGCUAUCCGGAGCAUCUGGUCAUUCAGGCGUACAUCGCGUGCGAGCGGAACGAGUAUCAGGCGGCCGAUUUUCUUGUCUCGCAAAACCCGGACGACGAUGAUUAAGCACUCUUUGUCUACAAGUAAGCGUUCGGUUUUCUUUCUUUCUUCUAUCUUUCGCCUUGACAAACAAACAACUACUACUGAGAGAGAAACAAAAAACAGAAAAAAGGCUACGAUUUAACUUUGAUCGAGUUAUUUUUUUUUUAUCAAUACAGUUGUUCAUUCUUGGUUUUUCCCUGCUAUUUAACAGUGGCAUUAUUAGGCCGCUUUCGAAAAGAAAUUAUGAAACACAUAAAAUUACCCUCCUAAAAUCUAAUAUAAAGCAAAAAAAUUUUUCUUUCAGUUCUUCGGUUAUUUUAUUUGUUUACUUUUCUUAUUUGGAUGCGGUUCGCAUAGUAUACUUUGUGGGGGAGUGAAACAAAGUAUGAAGAUAACUAACUAGCUAUUACUAAAAAUUACUAUUCACACACACAAAAGAAAAUUCUUGAACAGUUUUUGCCCGAAUAAAAUUUAAGAAUUGUAUUGCUUC